AAUCGGUUAACCAUCAGUCACUCAUCAGUUGUCACUAAUCCAAUACAAUUCCCAAAAAUGGCUUUCAACAUGGCUCAACUUCUCAUUGUCGCCGCUCUGGCUGCUGCCGUUGCCGGUGAGGCAUUCCAAUUGCAGCCCACCCAGGGAAUCCUGAUCCCAGCUCCAUUGGCCGAGAACAUUCGUGUGUCCAGAGCUGCUUAUGGUGGCGGUUACUCGGCACCAGCUGCUGCUUCAUCUUACUCGGCUCCAGCUGCUCCAUCGUACUCGGCUCCUGCUGCUGCUCCCGCUUACUCCGCACCAGCUGCUCCCGCUUACUCGGCUCCUGCUGCUCCUUCUUACUCUGCUCCAGCUGCUCCAUCCUACUCGGCACCCGCUUCGGUCCCAGCUCCACCAUGUCCAAAGAACUACUUGUUCAGCUGCCAGCCCUCAUUGCAGCCUGUGCCAUGCUCGGCUCCUGCUCCAUCCUACGGAUCCGCCGGUGCCUACUCCCAGUACGUGCCCCAAUACGCUCCAUUGGUCCGUGAAUUGUUGUAAGCCUGAAAUCAUCUGAAUAUCGCUGAGACAACCUACUGAAAUAAACUGCAAAUCUAUAAACAAA